CAAAUAAUGAUCGAAAACAUUUAUAUGUUAAAUAAAAGAAUUAUCUGAAGGUUGUUUUUGAAUUCUAAAUCUCUCUCUCUUCAGGCAUGACUCUCUUAUCCUCUCGCCUCUUUCCAUCCCCCUCCGUCAACCACCGUCCACCGGCACAAUCCACCACCACACGCCACCUUCCCUGGAUCAAACUCACAAGAACAAACGACACUGUCAGGUUUUUGUGUUCUCCUGCUAUAAUAAAACCAGUUAUCCGUUUAGAUGAAAGAUUUGUAGCAAGGUUUGUUGUCCCUGAAAAUGCUCAAGAUCUAAUCCACAAUGGUGGAGCCACCAUUGGUGUUCUUGGCGGCGCUUAUGCUCUCGUUUUUGCUUUUGAUGAUUUCACUAGAAAAAACAUCCUUAACCAGGGUCUGAGCAGAAAACUGGUUCAUAUAUUAUCUGGUUUGCUUUUUCUGGUUUCUUGGCCAAUUUUCAGCAAUUCCCCUAAAGCUCGCUACUUUGCUGCUUUUGUUCCUCUUGUGAAUUUCUUGAGGCUUUUGGUGAAUGGUCUCUCCUUGACUUCUGAUCAAGGACUCAUCAAAUCUGUUACUAGAAAAGGAGAUCCAAAAGAAUUGCUAAGAGGUCCACUUUAUUAUGUUGUGAUAUUGAUGUUAUGUGCUGUUGUAUUUUGGCGUGACUCUCCAAUUGGGGUGGUUUCUUUGGCAAUGAUGUGUGGCGGAGAUGGUGUAGCUGAUAUCAUUGGUAGAAGAUAUGGAUCCAUGAAGAUUCCUUACAACCAAAAAAAGAGUUGGGCUGGUAGCAUAUCGAUGCUUAUAUUUGGAUUCUUGGUUUCAAUUGGGAUGCUAUAUUACUAUUCAGCUCUGGGACAUGUGCAGUUUGAUUGGUGGAACAUUGUGCCAAGAGUUGCUUUAGUUUCAAUUGUUGCAACAGUGGUGGAAUCACUUCCUAUUACUGAUGUGGUAGAUGACAACAUUUCUGUUCCACUAGCAACCAUAGCAGUGGCUUUUUUCACUUUUCAUCAUUAAUUAACUUUUUGAGAGCCUAUUGGUCUAUUUCACCUGAAGGGUCAUAUAUACCUUAAUUUCUUCCACCCGCCAGUGUGUCCAUUGAAAAUUUUGAAUUAUUCUUGGGCACUGUGAAAUUAACUCUAGUAUGUACUGUACAUUGUAAAGAGAUUUAUUAUUUUAACACUUUUUGAAACUUCACAAUAUAAAAUAAUUUUUGGAAUAAUGA